AUGACAGUAACAUAUGAUGAACAUGUAGAAUUUCGUUGUUCCUUACCAAAAAAUUUUAUAUCAAAAGAUAAUAUAAUACAAUGGAAAAAAUUACGUUCAAAUGAUGAUGAUUUAAUAAUAGCAAUAAAUGGAAAGGUUCCAUUAAUAUAUGAAAAACUCUAUCGUACAGAUUUAACAGAUCAAUUUAGUACAUUAGAAUUAUAUCAUGUUAAACGACAUGAUUCAACAACAUAUAUAUGUCAAACAUUUGAAACUCAAACAAUUCUUUGUCAAUAUAAUCUUGUUGUACUUAUUAAACCUGAAUCUCCAUUAUUAACAAUUAAUGAUGAAAAUAUUCAAGAAUAUCAAACUGUUAAAUUGAUAUGUUCAUCAUUAAAUGGAAAUCCUUCGCCUCAAUAUACAUGGUAUCGUAAUGGUACACUUCUUACUUCACUGAAUCAACAAGUAUCUACGACGGAUAAUAGUUCAAUCUAUACAUUUAAUGUUAGUCGUUUUGAUAAUCAAGUUAAGUAUGAAUGUCAAAUUUCGAAUCAAGCACUUGCCAACCCACUACGUGUUGUACAAUAUUUACAUGUUAAAUAUCGUCCAUAUGUGGAAAUUCUUGCACAACCAUCUCUAUUCAAAACAAAUGAAAAAUUAAUUGGUAUUGAAUCAAAUGAACAAAGAUUAACAUGUUUAAUAGAUGCCAAUCCAGCUGUAACAUCAGUUUAUUGGACAGUUAAUAAUACAAAUAUAAUUAGUCGUGAAAUCAAUGUUUAUUUAUCACGAUUAACAUCUGAACAAAGUGGAGUUUAUACAUGUGUAGUUGAAAAUGCUAUUGGCAAAGUUAAUCGAUCAAUUUAUCUUGAUGUACAAUAUGGUCCACGUGUUUAUACAAUGGAAUCUCGUGUAAUUGUAAAUCGUUCAAAUUCUGCUAUACUUCGGUGUUAUGUUGAUUCAAAUCCUUCACCAUAUCAAAUAAUAUGGUUUAAAAAUGGUUAUGAAAUAUUUCGACAAAAUCAAUUAUCAGAUUUACGUAUUGAUCAUGUUGAAAGAAAUGAUUCUGGUUUAUAUACAUGUAUGAUAUAUAAUCGUUUAUAUAAUAAUGUUACACAAAACGGUUCCAGUAUAAUUGAAGUUAUUGUACAAAGUCGACCAAUAUUAGAAACAACAUAUUCAAAAAUAGCAGCAGAAAUUGGACAAACAAUAACAUUAAUAUGUCGUGUAUCAGGACAACCAAGACCACAUAUUUUUUGGAAACGAAAUGAACAAAUUAUGAAUUGUGAUGAAAUAGUAGAUGAUAAAUGUUUUUUAAGAUUAUUUCAUAUAACACAAAAAGAUUUUGGUUCAUAUCAAUGUAUAGCUGAAAAUUUAUUAGGAAGAGAAGAAUGGACAUAUACAAUUGUAUCAAGAGGUAAACCCGAAACUCCAUAUGAUAUACGUGUAUCAGAAAUAACAUCAUCAUCGUUUAAAAUACAAUUUUCUCCAUCGUUUGAUGGCGGUGCUGGACCACAACGAUUUUUAGUUGAAGUUAUUUUACAUGAUAAAAAUACAACAUUUAAUACAACAAUUAUUAAUCAAGAAUUACCAUAUAAUACACAUGAAUAUAUUGUUAAAGAUUUAAAUGAAUCCUCAUUGUAUAUGUUUCGUAUUAAAUCAAAGAAUAUUCAUGGUGAAAGUCCGUGGAGUAUUGAAACAGCUGUACAAACAAUGGAAUCAAUAAUAACAUCGGAUGAUUUACCACAAUUACGUGUUAUAUCAUAUAAUACAAAAGAAAAUAUACUCCAUUUUGAUUAUUUACCUGGUGAUGAACGUUUAAUAAAAAUAAAUCAUCAACAAUUAUGUUUAAAUAUUCGUCAAUCAAAAGAUGGAAAUACUUAUCAAUCCAUUGAUCAAUGUUUAACUAUAGAUAAUAAUCGUGUAAAAUGGAUAAUAGAAAAAGAAUUUCCUUAUUUAAAAUUAUCGAUUUGUUCAAGGAAAUAUCAUCAUAUAUGUGGACAAGAAACUGAAAUGAAAGAAGGUGAUUCAUUUACUCGAAAUUCAGCACCAGUGAUACUUGGUAUUGUUGUUAUAUCUAGUUUUCUUAUUCUUAUUAUUUCAAUUCUGUUUGGAAUAUUAUGUUGUCGUUGGAGAAAAAAUCGAUUAGCAUCAAAUAUAAAUAAAACAAAUAAAUUUGCUAUUAGUGGUCUUGAAAUCGGUGUUAAACCAGUCAUCUCUGAGCCUCGUCUACAAAAUCCUUAUUUAUUAUACAGUAAUGCAAAUUCUCAAGCAUCUCCAUAUGAUUUUUCAGGCAAUGAAUAUCAACAACGUAAAGUUUCUAGUUCAUUUGCUCGUUCAUGUGAUAUUGUUGAUCGAGAGCAAACAAAAGAUGAAAACUCUGUACAUGAUACUGGUUCUUCAUAUGGUACUGCAAAUCGUGCAGCAACAAUACGUGCAUCACCUCAUUGGUUAAUAAAUAAUGGCGGAAGUAGUUCUCGAUCAGGUUCAAAUCCAUCAUCUGAAUUAAGUUGUUUAACUCAAAAUACAAAUAUUUUAUUUGUUAAUAAUGAAACAAUUUCAAAUCAUACACCACCACCAAUAUCACAUUAUGGUUUUCCAUCAUCAUCAAAACAUCAUUCAUUAAUGAAUGGAAAUUCAACAUUACGAUCAUCAUCAUUUGAUCAACAACAAUCAUCAAGUGGUAAUUCAACACCAAAUCGUAUGAAAAAACUUUUCUAUGAAGUUGUGGUUUAA